AUGGAGCAGGUUAAGCUCAUUCGAGAACGUUUAUUAACUGCUCAAAGUCACCAAAAGUCAUACUCAGAUGUGCGGCGAAGAGAUUUAGAGUUUUGUGUUGAUGACUGGGAAUUCUUAAAAGUCUCACCUAUGAAGGGUGUUAUGAGAUGUGGAAAAAAGGGAAACCUUAGUCCAAGAUUCAUUGAGCCAUAUCGAAUCGUUCGAAUGGUCGGACAUGUGGCUUAUGAGUUAGAUUUUCCAUCGGGGCUAGAAUCGAUUCAUUCGGUCUUCCAUAUAUCAAUGCUACGAAAGUGCAUAGGAGACCCUUCUCGGGCUGUCCCUGUUGAGGAUGUUCAAAUCACAAAGGAGUUGUCAUGUGAGGAAAUUCUAGUAUCAAUAUUAGAUCGGCGGGUCCGAAGGUUGAAGACAAAAGAUGUGGCUUCUGUUAAAGUAUUAUGGAGAAAAAAGAAUAGGGAAGAGGUGACAUGGGAAACCAAGGAUGGCAUGAGAUCCAGUUAUCCUCAGUUGUUUUAG